AUCAGGAUUGGCCCCGUCGGACUAGGUUCCAUGCGUGCAUGUUUGGAGGCACGGUCCCUGUCCUGAGGUGACUGUGAUAAAGAGGAAUGAAAUCCCCAGCUCGGCUGCAGACUUUGGGAAGGACUGAUUGAUCUGGCACCGGUUGUGACCGCCACGCAGCUGGACAACUCCCUAACUACAGGGCGAAGUCCAGUGCAGCCUUGCCCUGCUGGAGCCCCACUGAGCCGGCCCCACCAAACCCCUCCAGCCGACAGAAGGUGGCACCGUACUAAAAAAGGUAGAUUCCUCAGCCAUGACACUGCUGCUCGGCUAUGUCCAACUGACCGAUUCCACCUUCGCCGCUGCUGUCCUUUGCAUUGCUUUUAACCCGCUUUUCUGGAACGUGGUAGCGAGAUGGGAACACAAAACUCGAGUUCUCAGUAGAGUCUGUGGCUCUCCAUAUACUGCAUGUUACUGCCUGGGCGCUGUCAUCCUGCUGCUUAACUUUAUACGGAGCCAUUGUUUCACGGAAGCCAUGAGGAGCCAGCCGAAGCUGGAAGGUCUAGAUUGCCUCUCUGUCUACUAUGCAGGCUUGGCUGUUCUGGGAAUAGGGUUCUUGUUCGUCAUCUCCAGUUUUUUAGCACUGGGAUUCAUCGGGACAUUUUUGGGCGAUUACUUUGGCAUCCUGAAGGAGGAGAAAGUGACAAGCUUCCCGUUUAAUGUAAUGGACAAUCCCAUGUACUGGGGCAGCACUGCCUGCUACCUCGGCUGGUCCAUCAUAGAGACGAGACCUUGGCAUCUGCUCUUCUGCAGCGUGGAGUCCUUGGCAGACUCUGCCGAAUGGAAAAAAAUCAACAUCCAGGGCCAAAUGUAUUCCUGUCAUAACUCUACAGAAGCCAAGCAAUUGACACUGAGAAUCGGCAUGCGAGCCCAGCUGGCCUUUUACUGACAGCGGUAGUAGCGGUUUCUUAUAUGAUUGCAAUGCUGUACGAGGGACCCUUCACGGAAGAAAUCUAUCAGCAGAAACAGAAGGCGGCAAAGAAGAAAUAGCAGCAGCAGGUGUGUUUGCAGAGUACUGAGGAGAGCGCAAGAGCCGGGUGAUUUCAAUAAGGGGAGUUGGUCUGCUGGGCCAUCCACCUGCGCGAGAUAAUUUGAUGGGAUAAGAGAACUCAGCCUGACUUCUAAUUAUGCCCUUCCCUGAGCUUUGCAUUCGCUGACUCUUUCUAAUCCCUCUCUCUAGUUCUCAAGAAAUUUUGAACUUCAAACCCCCACAAAACCCAGCUAGGAGGGUUUCUUCACAAUGAAUUUUGUUCCCACUUCCCAGUUGGUUCCAAAACAGCCAAGGCAAAAGUGUUUUGAUUAUAGGCUUGAACAUGAAAGAAAGGCAAAACCGGCAGGUAACCUUGAAGUUAAACAUUUAACCUCUAUAAAGCUGCAAGAAAAACCCAGCUACUGCAUAAGGCGUAACAGGCGCGAUUGUGCAAAAGUGCAUACACGCUCUGUGAGCCUGCAUCGUGGACGUGCAAACCAGGUAAAGCCAUGCCUGGCUGCCCCAUUGCAAGUGGAGAUCAGGUCAUUCCAGACACACAUUUGCACAUGCUUGUGUUAUGAAAAUUUAGCCCAAGCGGCCUGAUUUUUAGACUUGCACGUGUAAAGGCCUGUACCAAAAGGCUUGGGCAAGUACCUGGCUGGUCUGCAUGCACAGUUACUGCCACUGCACCUUUCGCUAGUCUUAAAUUCACCAAAAUUUGGCCAAGAUUUUCCAAAAGUGACUAGUGAUUUUGGAGGCCACAAUUUUUGGAUGGCCAGAGUGAGACAUCUUCAAAGGACUAAUGGUCAGGAAGUGCUGAGUGGCCAUCGGGCCCCGUCAAAGUGCUUCAGGUUGGGCAUUCAAAAUCACCAGUCGCUUUUGCCAGUCUUGGCCAAAGCCCACUUAAGCUUCCAGCCUACUCUCUAGCAUCAAUGCGCAUCAGAUUAGACCUGCCACUGGUCCUACAAAGCAUGCCUCAUCGCAGCCAAAAGGAACCAUGCAAGAAACGGUUCUCCAAAGAAUUCUCUUUUUCACUUGCAAACAGCAGAAGUCAGAGAAUCCCAGGAUCUUGGUGUGGACCUGAGAGGUGCUCAGAUGGUGGUGACAUAACAAUUUUUUUUAUUUUUCUCUCUUUCUCCUUUUGUGAGACAGUUUCUCGGGCUGCUCCACACACGGCAUGGUUUGCUGGUCCUCUGGAUGUGUGAUUUGCCCAUUUUCCCUUUGAAAUGUCUCUUGCUUAUUAGCCAAACACACCCCAUCCUGCCAAUGAAUUCUACCACGGCAGUUGUAACAAUCAGAGAAACAGCCAGAAUAAGAGAGCUAAAAGCACUCGCAGGAGCCCAGGAGUUCUGUAUGGCUCACUCUACCCUUUAUGUCUCCUCCUAUUGCCCUGGCUCACAAAAGCUGAAGCUCAGACACACAAAGAAAGUAACCAAGAAGAAGGAGAUUAGCUCAGAGGACUAUCAUGCAGCACCUUUCAACCUUUCUCCCACCCAUCUUGGGAGGAAGCAAAACCAGUUUUUAGAAACCAGCAAAACAACACAAAAAAAACCCCCAGCAAAACAAAACUCAGCUGUAUUUUCUAAUUACAGGGCCCAUGAAAUAGUAAACAGGGCCCCGGGGGGACAUUUGUAAAUAGUUUCUCAGGACAGCAGUCGCCUGUUCCAGCUGAUCUUUCCUGCAGAUGUCCCUGGAAUGAGACGGUUAAGUAGAGUGACUUUCAAAAGGCUGUACUGUAUUGAUGUCCCUAGUAUUCAGCUGACACUCUGCACUUUUAAUACGGUGCAUUUAAUCCAGACAUGAGCUGUAAUUGCACCAUUUGCUUGAAAAGUCGACACCUCUGACUUUGGCAGGCAUCCCGGUUUCUCUAAAUCCUGUGGUGACUUUGCAAAUAGCCUCUAUUGUGAAGGAGCGUGAAACACAUCAUGACUCCGCCAGUCAGUGGGGGCCAGAAGCUCCAUCCUCUCGGCUCAGCUGGUGUCCUACAGAAGGUGGCACUUUGCCAUCUUUGAACCAGUAACGGAGAAGGAAGGGAGGUGUCUGCAAAGCACUGUGACCUGGGAUCAUGUUCCUAGGGGAACAGGGCGAGCAGAAGCACCGUGCAAUGAGCGUAUUUCACCAGGGGGAAAUAAUGCAGGCACCUCCGAGAAGGGAAGAUGGCGGUGUUGUCUGGGGAGUAGCGCGAGGGGCUGGCAGUCGGGGCUCCUGAGUGCCUGAGCUCUGCCACUCCCUCAGUGGAAGUUUGCCAUCUAAAUACCCUUGAAGCUCUGGGCCUUAGGGCUCAGAUGUUAGAACUGUUGAGCCCCCGUAACUCCAGCUGAAGUCUAGGGGAGCUGCAGGUGCAAUCAUGGCCUGUGCCUCCCAUCGGUAAUGCUGACCCUACCCUCACAGGGCUUUUGUGAGGCUUAAUUCAAAUUAACAUGCGGAAAGUGUCUUGAGAUGCUGGGCUGCAAGGUGCCAUGGAAGGGCACGGUGUCUCUCCGGAAAAGGGUCCCUGCAAAGAAUAGAGCCUUGAUUCAUUGUAGUCUCUAUUGAGCUGCCUUUUGACUGUCUCAUGCCCUCCGUCUUUUCAUUCCACUCACUGACUUGUUCCAUCGUUAUUAACGAGAGUGCUCGAUGGCGGUGCAGGGACAGCGUCUACGUGUUCGGUGCUUGAUCAAAGGGCAGGCGGGGUUCACUGUGCAGAGUGAAAGCUCAUCAGACCCCCCUCUUCUCUCUCUCUCUCUCUCUCUCUCUGCUACAAAAUGUUGUACCCUGGAUGAAGCGAAUGACCUCAGACAGUGUUGCCGAAGCACAGCCCCCCAAGAGGAAUGUUCCAAUUUUCCUCCAUUAUUUUUUUGCAGAGAGCCUGCAUUCCUGACCGCCAUCGCCGGUGCUAAUGAUCUUUUCAUCUCUGUCCCGCUGUGGGGGUUUUAGGUUAUUUUUCUUUCUUCCCUAUUGUUUUCAUUAGCAUUGAGCCGUUCAGCCAUCCCCUCUGCACACCAGGGAUUGAAAUCCCAGCCCUUGUGUCUAGUUAUUCAAAAGAUACUAGGGUUCAAAUUCAUUCUGAAUGGGAAUGGCAAAGGGUUAAAGCUCCCAGCCUGAGUGAAUGAUGUGUAUGGACUCCUGUGAUGGCUAGAGGCACUCUGAGAAGAAAGCCAUGUGAAGAGUCAGUUUUAGUGAGGGAAUGGAAAGCCACGCGAAGGGGAGCUUGCAUUGUUACUGAGAGGAAUUGGGAUUAAAGCUAGAGAUUGGGAGUUAGGACUCCUGGGUUCCUAGGACACCACUGACCCACUCCAUGAUCUCAGGAAAGUCACUUAAUCUCUCCAUGCCUCGGCACCCCCGUUUGUGCAUUGGAAGUAAUAAUCUGACCCACGGCCCAGCAUUGUUGUGAGUAUUAAGUAGUGUUUGUAAAGCACUGAGAUCGCUGGCUGGAAAGAACGUCAACACGUGGUAUAACCAGGGGCGGCUCCAGGCCCCAGCACACCAAGCGCGUGCUUGGGGCGGCAUGCCGCGGGGGGCGCUCUGCCGGUUGCCGGGAGG